AUGGUUGCCCACCCCAAACAACUCGUCGGCCUUUUGGCCAAGUACAAGGCCGAGUUCGAGCCUUCCUGCCCCGGUGUCCCCGGGGGUAACCUCGACGUCGACGACAUCGAAGGCCUCGCCUUCGACUCGGUCCCCCCUGCCCCGGCCGGGUCGGUCCUGCCCCCUGCCGUCGCCGCCGCCGUCGCCGCAGGCCCUGCCCUCCCCGCCGAGGAGGAGAAGAAGGAGGAAAAGGAGAAGGCGAAGGAGAAGAAGGAGGAGCCUGCGCCCGCGCCCGCGCCCGCGCCCACGCCCACGCCCAAGCCCACGCCCACGCCCGCCUCCGCCUGGCCCGCCCCCCGCCAGGCCCUGAAGCCCACCCAGGGCAAGGGCAAGAAGCGCCCGGCUUCUUCGCCAAGAAGUCUCCCCACGACGUGCAGGUCUCCCCACGACGAGCAGGCCUCCCCACGACGAGCAGGUCUUCUCACGACGAGCAGGUCUCCUCACGACGAGCAGGCCUCCCCACGACGAGCAGGCCUCCCCACGACGAGCAGGCCUCCCCACGAUGAGCAGGCCUCCCCACGACGAGCAGGUCUCCCCACGACGAGCAGGUCUUCUCACGACGAGCAGGUCUCCUCACGAAAGCAGGCCUUCCCACGAUGA